AGCUUGCUCGGCGCGUGACACUUCGGCGGUACUGUACUGAUCUUAGAAGCGGUGCUGCGCGUGCUGUUUGUCUCUGAAGGUUACGUGGAAAGUUCACCUGAGCGUCGCUGAUGGAAACCAGACAACAAGAGUUGUACUCUAGUGUUCUGAGUGAAGCAGUGGUGGACUGGGCCAGCAUGGGCCCUGGAGAGGAAUGGGUUAACUCAGCCACACUGGGUUUGGAUAAGUUUUACCACUCUGGUGGUGAGGAAUCCAGUCGGAAGAGCUCACACGGGGAGGACUUGGUCCCGUUGGUCCAAAAUGGGGAAAACCUGACAGACUGGGGUCACACCACAUCCCAUUUGGAGGAUCAGUGGUCGCACACAUCAGGGUGUCAGUCUGACAACUGGGCCAUGUCCACCACUUGGGACAUGCAGCUAGACAGCACAGAGAGAGGACACCUCACUGCAGGUUUUCUAGACUCUCAGCCUCUGAGGGAGGCUGAUGAGGAUUUGGCGUCAGAAGUCAGCCUGAACAACUGCAACAUGACCGAGGAGGAGAGAGAAGAGAUUCUGCAGGAGCUGACUAAACUGGAAGAAGAGAUCAGCACACUGAAGCAGGUCUUGCUGUCCAAGGAGAAGCAGCACGCGGAGCUCAAGCAGAAGCUGGGCGUCACUCCUCUCAGCGAGUUCAGGAACAACUUCAGCAGAGGUUGGCACGACAUGCAGAGCUCUACGGCAUACAAGAAGACAUCAGAGACGCUGUCCACCGCAGGACAGAAAACCUCAGCUGCCUUCAGUAACUUCGGGAGCGCCAUCACCAGGAAGUUUGGAGACAUGAGAUCCAACUCAAUAGGAUACUCUGUCAGGCACUCUGUGAGCAUGCCUACCAUGAGAAACUCACCCAGCUUCAGAUCCUUUGAAGAGAAAGUCGAAAAUACAGUUUCCACCAUUAAGACUAAAGUUGGAGGCACUGGGACCGGAGGCAGCUUCGAGGAAGUCCUCUCAUCUGCAGCCAACGCCAGCUCUCAGGAGACGCCCACCAACAACCUGACGGACAUCUCCGAGAAACCCUGUUAGGACUCCGGACCGCCGUCUUGCUGUAUCACAGCACAUUGUUGUGGAUCUACUAGAAUUUCUGACCAAAGCGGAAAGCGGUGUUUUGAUUUGCAGACAAAUCUUGUGUAAAUUCUGUGACUCCGACAAAACUCCUGGCAACGCCACAUUGUUUAGGCUUGGCUAAAAUACCUAUGUUUUUAAUUUCGAUAAUCAGGAAGGCUGAUUUUUAAAAGUAUUUGAAAUCUCAUAAGGCAAACGGUGAACUUCUAAUAUUGAUCAUAGUCCAUUUUUCAGCUCUUGCUCUGAAAAAAUUGUUCGGCUAAAAUUGAUCACAGGUCAGUCUGACACUAUUAAAACUGCUCCAUCUUCAGUCUGCUGCACUAUAAAUAAUUCUUCACGUUUUACUUCAAGAAUUUUAUCCACAAAACCAGAGUGAAGCUUUCAGUCACAGAUGUUACACUACCAAACCUCCAGAAGGUCAGUAAGAAGUAAAAUGUCUUGCAUGUUACAGUGUCCUAUUAACUUUGUUACACAUUAAUUAAACACCGAAAAAAUAUCUGUGUAUGUGUGUCAUGUGCAUAACAGUAUACGGCUACGAUUUCUCAAAAAACAGAUUUACUAAACAGUGACUGUAAAGCACGCCGUAUUUCUUUUUUUUGUUGUUGUUCUUUGAAUCUGUGUGGGCUCUGUAACUUUGCCAUGAAAAUAACUUUAUUACUUCAUAGAUUUGAACUGUUUAAAUGUUUUCAGACAAUGAAGGAUUUCUUUCCCAUGCCAGAGUUCAACUUUUUUUUUUUAUGGAACUCGCAUCUGGAUUCAGGUUCUAAAAGAGUCAUUUGUCGAGUCUGAGGUAAUGUUUUGUGUUAAUGGAAAAUACAAAGGAUACAAUUUGCAUUUAUGUAAUAAAUACAGCCAUAAAAGACUCCAUAAUCACAUGUCUACAUAAACGGUUAACAGUUAUCAACCCAAAGAAAAUGUAAAAACAGCGACACUGAAUGUACAAGCCUGAUUUAACUCGGCAAAUAUGAAAUUAAUGCAAAAUUUACUGACGUAUCCUGAAGCAUGUAAAAAAAAAAACAACAAAUUCACAAAUUCAUUUUGUAUGCCGUUCUGUUCCUCC